CAACAACCAUUACAGUACUAGUAUACCGGCAAGGCGAAGACUUGGUCAAUAGACAUCUUCUUGUCUCGUCCAUGCAAGCUAGCUGCUUCAUCUCUUCUUUCAAGCACCAGUUGUUGUUCAACAAUGGCACUCAUUCCAAGACUGAUGCAGUACAACAGUCUCCGCAAGGUGAUGCUAACGGCAGGCCGAUCGAUAACGCCUCCUAGCGGCAGCAUCGCCCAGUGCAGGGAACGGUCAUCGCUAGCUUCCCCGCUCAUGAGAUCCAUGCUGGUCCUGAAGAAUUCGCCUGCAUGCCUUCAACGGUUUAGCGAGGCAGAAGCCGACUCCUACUUCUUGGAUCUUGAAGAUGGGAUACCAAAAGACCAGCGAGACUCUGCUCUAAAGUUGUAUGCCGAGACGCUAGAGAGCGGAAUAUUCCGCGGCCAUACUGUGUACGUGCGCCUCAGUGACGUCAGUGACGAAGCCAGACUACAUAGAGAAGUAGACGCCCUGUGCCACCCGGACCUGACGGGCUUUAUUUUACCUAAAAUCAGUUCUUCUGAUGACGUCAAGAAAACUGACGAAAUCCUCGCCGAGUUGGAGAAGAAGAACGACCUGCUUCCCGGUCACUGCAAGAUGAUCCCCGUAAUUGAGAAUUUAGAGGGAUUCUUUCACGCACCGACCAUUGCAAAGGCAUCCCCGCGUUUGGCAGGACUCUGCUGUGGAAACGCGGAUUUUGCUGCGUGUUUCCAGCGACCACCUGGCAGCCCGAUUGAACAUUCCUUAGAGCUCCGAGUUCUACAAUCAGCUAAAGCGGCGGGGAUAACUGCACUAAACGCAACCUCCUACCUGGACAACUUCCCCCGUCUUGAACGUGACGUCACGCGAUAUAAGACGCUCGGAUUUGAUGGGGUUAUAGUGCUUCAUCCGUCGCUGGUGCCGUUUGUAAACCAACUCUACACCCCUACACGGCAAGAGAUAGACUGGGCCGAACAAGUCACGGCGGGAGUAAGAGUCUACCAGCGAUCAGCCCAGGAAUACAGACAGUUCAUCGGGCCUCCUCAUCUUCCCAGCGCCUCUCACAUCCUGGAGACGCACGGUAAGAUCAAGGUGUUGGAAUCAUCUGUAAGUAGAAAUACCAAACCUAAUGAAGAUAUGGGCACCGUUAAGCCAUUACAGCGGAAAGGCGGACUCUCAGCAAACUCCAUAAAAGGAGGAGAAUGGACCCCCGGUAUCGUACCCGUGACCUUGGAUUCGUCAUGGCGUGCAGCCUGGAACUCGUCAUUUCUCAACACUCGGAGGCUGAACAGUGAUGAUGUGGCGGCAAGGCAGAUGGGUCUUCCGGGAAUCCAACCUCCUUUCCAUCUACUGAAGACCUUGGCGAUGUCUUUAGCUGUGGCAAAGUCGUCUGAAACAGCUCGAUUCCAUUUGGGGACUUACAACGCUGUACAACUGAGACCGGUGGCCGAAGGAGACACCAUCAGAGCUUACUUCUCUCUGGACAGCGUGGCUGAGGCAGGAAGCAGCGGCAGAUACUCCGUAGUGACCAGCUCUCACGUCCUCGUCAAUCAGCUUGACCAAGCCGUGUUCCGGGUGGCGAAGAAGACCAUGUACCCAAGGCUGAUGACUGGGGGGUUCCACUUUGCUAACAAGGCAAAGACCAAGGCCCCAGCAGACUCCGAACUUCGCAGUCACAUUGUUCAGAACGCAGCAGUGCUUAGAGACGGACAAAUGAUGGAAAGCCUGCCUUUGAUGCCGACUCAGCUAUACGUCCAUCGAGUGGUCAAGUCAUUUAGGCCGGGCGAAUCCAUGGGACUCUCCAACCUGAUACGAGUUACCAAUGCUCAUCACUUUAACACAAAAAAGUUCUCUUCUGAAGCAAUUGUGGUGCCCGGUCCCUUCGUUCUGGCGGCAACUGUCCACAACGUAGCUGAUGAGUUCGGUGACAUCCUGUAUGAAGAGGUGGUGGAGACUUCUAAUGUCAACCCAGUGAACCAGAAGGAUAUGAUUGGAUCUGUCAGCUUUAUCCACAGCGUUCAGCAACUGAUAGAGAAUCCCGAUCUAGAGGAGGUGACCGUACGUACCCUGGGGAUCAAGAACAUGGACGUCGAUGAGUUGAUGGAGAGAGAAGUUCCGGUUAGACUUUUCUCCGGAACCAACGUGAGAGGCGCAGACUAUGAGAAGAUCUGUAUGGAGGAGUUCCCCCUGCUCUACAGAAGGAUUGCUGCCCAGGUUCUGUGGAAGUUUCUCCGUCUGCGGCCUUCUGCAGCCAAAGAGGUUCCUGUGGGGAUUCAGCCAGAAUUCUCCUGAGCCAGGUGUUAAACUUAAAGCGUGUACCGGUAUAUCACUGGGCCGCACCUGUUAGUGCACAUUCGCCUUUGAUAUCUAAUUGCUAAAGCUAAGGGCACAACCCGCCGUACGUGCAAAUGCGUGCUGCAUACGUGCCAAAACGUGGGCAAUCUUUUGGGAUCCGUAAGUGGUAAAUGUCGCCUCCGUACGAACUCGUAGGGAAUCUGAAGGAUUUUGGAUCAUGAGACACGCCGUAGAACUUUACGUGCAGGCAAAUAUUAAACUUUAUCUGCUAUCGGGCUGCUGAUUCACCACCCGUACGUGCCAGUACAAGCGACGCGCCUACCCUGUACAGCCUGAACGUUUUCAGAAAUACGUGGCGGACGUGGCCUCCCGUGUGCCGCAAUUCAGUCUGUCCGCAAGGGAAAAUUCGCAAUAAUUGUAUGCAAAGGGCAAAAAUUUUAAUUUGUUGUUAUGUGGCAAAGUCGUUACAAGCGGUAGAGUAAAGAACUUCUAACCCAUAUUUCAUAAUAAGCAUUAUAAGGUGCACGUUUGAGGUGAUGCUUCUUGUAGUAAAAUGUAUUUUUGUAUGUAUUAUAAUGAUUACAAUAUUUGCAAGAGUUCUAGGGUUGACCAUAAUAGAGCAUGUGGUAGAGACAUAGAAAACAGACUUGUGACAAGGGCAGUUAUUGAAAUUGUCGUAACAAGAAACUAAUUCAAAUAUUAGUGUUGUACAUUGGAAUGUAUCCUUUAUAUUAUUAGAUGAUAUUAGUAUAAAUAAUAGAUACAUUAUACAAGUUGCAUCAAGAGAUAUGGAUGUUGAAGUGGUGAUAUUCAAUUGCAAACACGACGAUGAAACUUUAUACCAGUUGAUAAGUAUUGAAGGGAGAAAGACACUAGAAUUUUCUCAAUUAUGCACAUGACCCUGACAUCCAAAAUUCAUUUACUCAUACCGAUACCUUUGCCAAAUGAUAUUAUCAUUUUUGAUGGGAGUAUAAUACGUGUUUCUCAUUGAAUCUGUAAUUAAAGUCCUCAUUUGCAUGAAUUGUCUCAGUUGAUCAUCUUCUCUACCCAAAUAGCACCAAAGUAUGGACAUCUUAUCUUAGUAAAAAGGCUGUUGUAGCAGCUUUACAUAAAUUAUGUACAUGUGACCCUGACUUUCAUGAGAUAUGCCUAAUAAUUUUCACCUUUAGUAAGCUUCGAAGUGCCUAAAUUAUGGUAUUCCCGUCAUUUACAACUGUGGAAUUACAGUAUUCUUUCGUUAAUUAUGCAAAUGAGUAAUUUGUAGCUAUGGACAUUCCUCUGUUACAUACAUGAUAAGUCCUAUCAUUGACAGCAGUUCGUUGAUGAGCUUUCCUCAUCAACUAUGCAAAUAAGCGGAUGAUUUACAUAAUUAUCAUGUGCAUCAUCACUUAGGAUAUUUAUAUACCAAAAAACAUUUACGAGAUGUCAACACGUUCUUGAGCUAUAUUUUUACCGUCUAUUCCCCCCCCCCCCC